CCGGCCGGCCCUCAGGGAGGCGGACCCCGCGGCCCGCACCUUGCCCGCGGUCGGGCUGGACUGGGCGGUGUCAGCGGAGGCCCUCGUCAGGCGCGUCCGCCGCGCGACACCCGGGCAGCUGCGGCGCCGACGAGAGCGGCAGCGGGGAGGUCCGCCAUGGAGACCCGCUAUAACCUGAAGAGCCCGGCUGUUAAACGAUUGAUGAAAGAAGCCGCAGAAUUGAAAGAUCCAACAGAUCAUUACCACGCUCAGCCUCUGGAGGAUAACCUUUUUGAAUGGCACUUCACAGUUAGAGGGCCCCCAGAUUCCGAUUUUGAUGGAGGAGUUUAUCAUGGACGCAUAGUUCUGCCACCAGAGUACCCCAUGAAACCACCCAGCAUUAUUCUGCUGACGGCUAAUGGACGAUUUGAAGUGGGCAAGAAGAUCUGUUUAAGCAUCUCAGGACAUCAUCCUGAGACCUGGCAGCCUUCAUGGAGCAUAAGGACAGCCCUGCUGGCCAUCAUUGGGUUUAUGCCAACUAAAGGAGAGGGAGCCAUCGGUUCUCUAGACUACACACCCGAGGAGAGAAGAGCACUUGCCAAAAAAUCACAAGACUUCUGUUGUGAGGGCUGUGGCUCUGCCAUGAAGGAUGUCCUGUUGCCUUUAAAAUCUGGAAUCGAUUCAAGCCAGGCUGACCAAGAAGCCAAAGAACUGGCUAGACAAAUUAGUUUUAAGGCCGAAGUCAAUUCAUCUGGAAAGACUAUCGCUGAAUCAGACUUAAACCAGUCUUUCUCACUAAAUGAUUCACAAGACGAUUUACCUACAACAUUCCAGGGUGCUGCAGCAAGCACAUCGUAUGGCGCCCAGAAUCCAUCAGGAGCACCCUUGCCACAACCUACCCAGCCAGCUCCUAAGAAUACCUCCAUGAGCCCUCGGCAACGUAGAGCCCAGCAACAGAGUCAGAGAAGGUCGUCUGCUUCCCCCGAUGUACUCCAAGGCCAGCCACCAAGAGCCAACCACACGGAGCACGGCGGGUCAGCCAUGCUGAUCAUCAUUCUGACUUUAGCACUGGCAGCUCUCAUCUUCCGACGGAUAUAUCUGGCCAAUGAGUACAUAUUUGACUUUGAGUUAUAAUGCUGGUCUAUGACUUCAGAGCUGUGACUCAGUUGCGUCAUUAAACAUUCUGCAUUGGGUAUAACCUAAGGAUUGUUUACAAAAGAUUAUUUUGUAUUUACCCUUCGUUACUUUUUUUAUUGUUAUAAAUUCAUUGUGCUAUAAGUAGACAUUAGGCUGUGGCCCAGCAGUGUGUCCUGCUUCGGUUAAGGGACGGAAGCCAUAGUCCUUGUCUUACUAUUUAAUCUACUUCACAGACAAGUAACUUACUGCGGUUGCUCACACCCACGCUGCUUUUCCACAGAGCGCAGUGCUUUUCUGUGUAUCCUUUGGCAUUCUCAGCUAAGAACGUGUUUCCAUUGAGUAUUACGGCUCUUCAGUACCGCCUGUGAGUCCUUCUCUAGUUAGACGGUGAGGGAGAAGAUGGCGGUGGGGCACACUGCUCCUGUCUUCUUGAGCUGUGUCGUUCAUAGGAGAGACAUGGACGGGGAUUGCCCACUCUGUCAUCUUUGUACUGGAAACUGUGUGCAGUGAGAAUAACUUCAUUUCAGACAUUUAUGAAGAUCUUUGUUAUAUUCUGUUUGGGAUUUUACUUGAAGAGGAGAGACUCUGCAGCCACCUUGGUAUGCACCGUGCCCAAUAUGGACACAAAUGAAAGAAAACAGGCUUCCACAGCCUUCUCAGGCCAGGGUCCAAGCCAAGCAGUUGUUUGAUUUUUCCUUCACAAGUAGGUGAGGAGGUCACCAAGUUUGAAUCUUUACUUUGAUCUGACAUGGUUUGAAUUUUAUGCCCAGCUCUGUAAUCACUCUAGCUUUUCAGUAUUCCAGAGAUAUGCUUAGUAUUCAAAUUUUAAUAGGAAACUCCGGGCCCAAGGGACAGCGAUGGAUUAACCACAAAUAAACCUUUAUUUAGAACUGUUCACUGGCCUAAGAAAUAUUUAAUGAAGAAUCCAUCUACCCUUAGUGCCAGCAAGUGCCCCAGAUGCUGACCUGUGCUCUUGUCAUCACAGUGCCUAGUGAGACCGCUCAGGACAAGGUUGCCUUCGCAUGCUCCUUCAGCAACCUCGAGGCACUUCCGAGGGCCCUGCAUUGCUGACCUGACUGUCCCCGGCUUUUAAAUAUAUCAUGCUCUCGAAGCCCAUUUGGAAGUUUGUUUUUGUUUUUGUUUUUUUUUUAAGGAGAACUGAAUAUAAGUGGUAUUUGGGUUCAGUCCACAACUGUUAGCUCAUGCAUCUUUUAGGUAUGUGUGGGAGGGUAGUUGUAAAGUCCUCAUGUGGUUUUAACUAAAUAUAAUUAUCGGCAAGAUAAAACAGCUCGCAAAAUCACUUUAAAAGUGAGCCUGGUUCUCAUUCCUGUCCUGUGAGGUUGGGAUCUGUUGCCACUGAAGAUAAUUCCCCUUUGUGUUUGGUAACUGGGUUUUGUUGUUACUGUUGUUAUCUCAACACCAGAAGUUUUAAAAGGGACCGAAUGCUAUAUAUAAUAUAAUCUUCCAGUUUAAUAGAGUAGAUUUUUAUUGUUAUUUAAGGAUUGUUUAUAGAUGAGGUUGACAAAAAUCUAAAAAGCCCAAGGACUUUGUGAAGACUUCAUGUAAGGAAGACUAUAGAUUACCAUUUUAAAAAUAAUGUUCUUGCCAUGAAAAAGCAUAUUCUUAGUUUAUAAUAUGAAAAACUGUGGUUCCGUGAUCUAGUAAGAAGUCAGUAACGCCGUGGGAAGCCUGGGUGGCCUUCCCACGUAGGAGAAGAACCCUGGGCUGUCGCCCUGGGCUGAGACAGCUCAUACGCUAGAGCCGUCCCCCUCCAGUCAUCCCCCUCCAGCCAGGCCUGGCUAGUGUUUGGAGGGAGCUCUGCGGCCUUGCUGUGCUUCUGUGGUCACCUGUGCUGGGUGUGGAGGGACAUCUCAUCCACUCCCUCACUGUCGCUAACUGGCUACCUCCUUAUGCGUGUUGGCAAUUUUUAGCAUCUGAUACAUACAUCAAAGUGGUACGUUUUGUUUUUACCCCUGAUCCGCUAUCUAAAAAUUUUCCUCCAACCCCCACCUUGGGGUUAGUGGACUCAAUUGAAGGCCUCUGUUGUCAAAGCCUCAGUUUAACCCCCCAGAUCUGGCAUAAGGCACAAACCAUGUAGAAGCUGGUAGGUAGGUCUUAAAUUCUUGUCUCCCCAGUUCUCAGAUUCAAAACUCAAGGCUUUUUCACUGACCAGCAUAUCAUAUGACUACACAUCAAAUUAGUCAAAAUAGCAUGCUUGAAAAAAUAUGCCUGUUUUGCUUGUAGCAGUCUAGCCCGCGGGAGCCUUCCAGAUCUGUAUGUGGGUGGGGCUCUGAUGUAGCACUUUACGUUUUCUUGCUGCUGCUGUUGGUUUAUUCUACUGAAAUAAAUGAUUUCAUCAAGCUUCUCAGUGAA